UAUUUCCAGUUUUUUUUACUUUUUCUUUACUUCCUCUUUAUUCCUUCUAAUCUUCUUCAGAUGGUGAAACCUAAGGAAAAUUCUGACUGCAACUCCUCUAAACACCCUCCUGAGCCUGAGAAUGAUUCUUCUUCUUCUUCUGACACUGAUCCUGCCAAUAUUCCUUCUGAUAUUCCUGCUGGCUCCAAUAUCCAGGUUUUUUCCCGCUCCGAGGCCAAGGCACGUAAACAGAUCCUUAAACAUGGGCUCAAAAAGAUUGACGGCGUCCUCCGUGUCACCUUUACCCGCACAAAAUCCACUCUCUUUGUCGUCAUCAAUCCUGAGGUCUACAAAAUGCCUUCUUCCGAUAUAUAUAUUGUUUUUGGUCAAAUCAAAGUAGAGGAUAUUGGUUCCCGGGAUCAGCUUACUGCUGCACAGCAGCUUGCUCAUUCUGCCUCUGUUCCUCCCAAGGCUUCUCUCGAUACACCUAAGGACUCUUUGCCUGAGGACGACGAUGCCGUUGAUCUUGACGACACUGACCUUUCUCCCAAGGAUAUUGAGCUUGUCAUGGACCAGACAAAGGUGUCUCGUGCGAGGGCUGUUAGAGCGCUUCGCGAGAACGACGGCGACAUUGUCAAUGCAAUCAUGUCUAUUGCCAUCUGA